AUGUCUAUUGGGGGGCCCCCCAGGGGGGCUGACAGCCACACACAGGGCGCGGUCCAGCAGCAGCAGCAGCAGCAGCAGCAGGGGAAACAGCAGCAGCAGCAGCAACAGCAGCAGCAGCAGCAGCUCGAGCAUGGAACCAGCUGCACAAGACAGCCUUCACACGAACGUGGUAAACAACUGUCUCCUGCAGGAGGAGACAGUUGUUUACCGAGGGGGUUGGGGGGCCCCCCGAAGGGGCCCCCGAAGGGGCCCCCGAAGGGGCCCCCCAACCCAGCAGCACCCCGCCCGGCGGCAGCAGCUGUGGGGGCCCUGUCUCCUAUUUUUUCUGGUGUCUCCUUUGGUGGGGGCCCCCAGGCUGCGCUUGCUGCGGGUGCUGCGGGGCUGGAGAUGCCCUUCUCCCUGUGUGGGGACGGUGCUGCAGAAAGGAGACAGCAGCAGCAGCAGCAGCAGCAGCAGCAGCAGCAGCAGGAGACAGCUAGUGGGGGGCCCCCAGAAGCUGCAGCGCCCCUGUCUGCCACAGUCCGCUGCGCUGUCUUCUCAUCGAACGGUACCCUUGCUGCUGCUGCUGCUGCUUCGGGGGCCCCCGGGGUGCUGCAGGUAUAUCAGAGGCCCCUAACAACUGGCGGAGGGGCCCCUGCUGCUGCUGCUGCUGCUGCUGCUGCUGAAGCCUUUCUGUCCCUUAAGCGCGAAAUGGAUGCCAACAUUCUCGUCGAGGGUUUUGCUUCGGCUGCGUGGACCAUACUACUCCCCACCAACAUGCCGCAUGCAGAAAGAGAGGACCCACUGGCUGCGCAGCAUAAUGACGCGCUUGGCUUCCAGCAGCAGCAGCAGCAGCAGCAGCAGCAGCAGCAGCGAAUCUGUGAGACCUCUGUUAACCUCUAA